UUAGGAGUUGCAGAAGAAGUAGCGGAUUUAAAAACUUUCUGUCUGCAAGUCUAUUCGUCUAAAUAGCACUUCAUGUAGAGUCCUUGGCUUCCAAAAGGGAAAAAACAUGGCUUUUUAAAUUGUGACUGUCGUCGUCGUCAUCGCCAGGUUUCGUGUGCUUUGCUUCAGCAACACACUUUACAAGACUAUUCAGAAACUAUGGGGUCUCCAGGUCUUUCGACAACUCUUUCCUCAAACCAGUGCACAGUUUGUGCUUUUGAACAAUUCGACCGAAGUAGACGAUACAAUGGCGGCAUCGAUCCUUCGCAGGAAAAUUCCUCCCAUUUCCACGGGCAGCCACGGCGUUCCCCCUCUCCAACAGGCUAGCCGUAGCCAAUCACGGCCCGAGACGGGGGCGGAGCCAGCGGAGAGGCAGCACUUAAUUGGUGAUGGUCACACGGAUUGGAUGACGGAAAAAGUUGAUUUGUCUUCAUUUGUGUCGACGACUGAAUCCUCUCCCAGCUCAUCCCUUCCACCCUCGCCGUUAGAACAGGAUGUCAAGGUGCCCUCGGAUCUGGAGGUCAUGACCUCUUUACUGCAGGAGGAGCUGGCUCAGCUGGAGGACUACUUCCGCUCCGAGUCCACAUCCACAACAACCAAGUUGGAAAAAUCCUCAAAAUGUGACAAGGGUGCCCAAGCCAUGGGCACCCAGUCUUAUUACCAGUUACCCUAUGCUUCGUAUGGGACCAGCCAAUCAGAAACCAGCCCUGUGGUUGUUACCUUGGCAACAGGGGAGCUGGACCUGGCUAGCUUCUGUGGUGGUCCCAUCGGCAGAACCAAAAUAGCGCGACCUGCCCCAUACAACUACCAUCACCGUUACCACCACAACAACGGGCGAAGAAUAAUUAGCGAUGCUGUGAAAGUCGGGGAGGAAGUUGGACUUGAUACGUGGGGCUCCAGGGGAAGUUACUCAGGAAGCACAGAGUUGUCUGUGAAUCACUAUUCCACGUUGAAGACAGUUGGCAAGAAUAGCCUUGGUAGUGUAAAGAAGGUCCGAGAAUGUGCUUUAUCGUUGAAGGAAGAGGAGAGCUAUUGUUUCACAGAAGGAAUGUUUUGCAGCGAAGAGAUUGCUCGAGGUUUUUGUCUCAGUGGCUCGUACGACAGCCACCACAAGCGAGAAGGACAGUUGAUGCACAACGUGAAGGUCAAUGGAAGUUACGACUGUACGGGGCUCGAGGUCCUGCACUGCAGCAAAGACGGAGGACUCUCUGGAAGUGUUCCCCAAGAGACAGUGGUGGCCAGUGAUGGCUACUUCCACCAGUCCAUGGCCAGCACAGAGCCUUACCAUAGCUUUAUAGGUGACCUAGAUCAGCCCUCACAAGCACAAGCUGUAGAGCCCCAACAUGGCCACUACCUCUAUCCAGAAUGCCUUGCAGACCAAAGCUAUGAAUGUCUGUCCAGAGGGGAGGGCGAGGGUCCGCUGGUGGGUGCCUCCAUCCAUCGCCCCAACCAGAGGCUAAAGGAUGAACCCUGCUCCCUCAAACCAGCUCUGGUGGUGGGUGCUGCUUCUCUGGAGGCCAACAGUGGGGAGCGGAAGCAGAAGAAGAGAGACCAGAACAAGACAGCUGCUCACAGGUACAGACUGCGUAAGAGGGCGGAGCUGGACUCUCUGGAGGAGGAGCUUCAUGGCCUGGAGGGGCAAAACCGGGAGCUUCGUGACAAGGCGGAGUCGGUGGAACGAGAAAUCCAAUACGUCAAAGAUUUGUUGAUCGAGGUCUACAAGGCUCGCAGUCAGCGGCUGAAACAGGAUGGCAGUGCCUAAAAUGCCCACGCUGACCUCACCAACCUCCCAACCAGCACUAACAGAAGUCAAAAGCACCAACUGGUUUUGUUUCACAAAAAUGAAAUGGUAGUUGCAUGAUUUUGGUAGUUCUUUUUCUAAAAAUGUAGUUGUUCCAAGAGGAUAAUCGAACAAAAACAUACCUUUCCAAAAAAAAAAAAGUUUCCAAAUGGGUGACUAAACUAUAUUACAAGCCUUAGUGAGGUGGCUACUAGAGGAGAUGCUGAACUUGUCCGUGACCACUGUGAUCCGAACUGCACUCACAGCCUUGUGAUGACUGAGUUUGCGCUUGCAAUGAUUGACCGUUUACAAAAUGCUCUUUGAAUUAGUAGUAGUGGUUGAAUUUGCUUGUGGUUUUUGUGACACACAUCGGCAGCAUCAAGGCGGAUCCAUGCUAUAAUAUUAUAUUUUAUUUUUUAUUUUAACUUUAUUAUGUUCAUUUACGUAUCAUUUGCUUAAAACAAUCAACUGAAUAAAGGGAUUGCUGGAAAAGUAUGUAACAUGCUCUAGAAAUAUUCAUUAUCAAAUGUCGCAAAACAUUUAGAAAUUUGUAUUGCUAAAAUGUUGAGUAUUUACACUUCUUUACCCCACUGAAAUACCCAAUGCAUGUUUGAUUUUGGAAAAGCAUGUGCGAUUGUUAUUUGAUGAAGGCAAUAUUCUGUUAACUGCAUGGCUUCAAGAUCUCCACCGCGUCAGUUUGCUGAGUUGACUUUUUAUUCUCAUCAGCUGGCGACUUUCACUGAGUUUUCCUCGCCAGUGUGAUCCAUCCUCAGGUUUUGGUUUUUGGUUUUCUGCUCUGAGAAACACAGCACAUUCACUGGCUUUUUCCUUUUCUUCUCUCUCGGCUGUAUUUGCGAACAAACAAUCACCUGUUGACACAACAAUAAAUCGUUGUUGGGUAACGGUACGACUUCAUGGGAAUUUUGUUUUCAAUUGAUGAAUUGAUGUGUCUGAAAUUCAGGUCCUUUAAAUAAUAGAUGUCAAUGUCAGGAAAUUAUACAUCAGGUAAAUUGCAGCCAAAUAAACCAAUUAUGUAGUAUCA